GGCAGUUCCCGCCGGCUGUGCGCGCCCGCGUCUGGGCUCGCUCGGAGAAGACGCGGCGGCGGCUCCCGGAGCACAGCGGGCAGAGCUGCGGGCUGCGCGCGCCCCUGCUCCCGCCGCGCAUCCCGCGGUGGCUCCCGCGCCCUGCGGCGGCUCCCGCGCCCCGCGCUCCCCUUUGUCCGCGGCCCGGAGCGGCGGCGGCGGCGGGGUCGGAGCCCGCGCCCUGGGCGACUGAGGCGGCGGCGGUCCGCGCCCGGGCGCCGCGGCGAUGCCGGACCAGAUCUCCGUGUCGGAAUUCGUGGCCGAGACCCAUGAGGACUACAAGGCUCCCACGGCCUCCAGCUUCACCACGCGCACGGCCCAGUGCCGGAACACCGUGGCGGCCAUCGAGGAGGCUUUGGACGUGGACCGGAUGGUUCUCUACAAAAUGAAAAAAUCUGUGAAGGCAAUCAAUAUCUCUGGGCUAGCACACGUGGAGAACGAGGAGCAGUACACCCAGGCUCUGGAGAAGUUCGGUGGCAACUGUGUAUGCAGAGAUGACCCAGACUUAGGAAGCGCAUUUCUGAAGUUCUCUGUGUUCACCAAGGAGUUGACUGCACUCUUCAAAAACCUGAUUCAGAAUAUGAACAACAUCAUCUCCUUCCCUUUGGACAGCUUGCUGAAAGGAGACCUGAAAGGCGUCAAAGGGGAUCUGAAAAAGCCCUUUGAUAAAGCCUGGAAGGAUUAUGAAACAAAAAUAACCAAAAUAGAAAAGGAGAAAAAGGAACACGCCAAGCUGCAUGGGAUGAUCCGUACGGAAAUAAGCGGGGCUGAGAUUGCAGAGGAGAUGGAAAAGGAAAGACGGUUCUUCCAGCUGCAGAUGUGUGAGUAUCUGCUGAAGGUCAAUGAAAUCAAGGUUAAAAAGGGAGUGGAUUUGCUUCAGAAUCUGAUCAAGUACUUCCACGCCCAGUGCAAUUUUUUCCAGGACGGACUGAAAGCAGUAGAAAGCCUCAAGCCUUCCAUUGAAACGCUCUCCACAGACCUCCACACAAUCAAGCAGGCCCAGGAUGAGGAGCGCCGCCAACUGAUACAGCUUCGAGAUCUUUUGAAAUCGGCACUGCAGGUUGAACAGAAAGAGGACUCACAACUUCGCCAAAGUACAGCCUACAGCUUACAUCAACCUCAGGGAAACAAGGAACACGGGACGGAGCGGAAUGGGAACCUGUACAAGAAGAGUGACGGGAUCCGAAAAGUGUGGCAGAAGAGGAAGUGUUCAGUCAAAAAUGGCUUCCUGACCAUAUCCCACGGCACCGCCAACCGGCCACCCGCCAAGCUCAACCUGUUAACCUGCCAGGUGAAGACCAAUCCCGAAGAGAGGAAGUGUUUCGACCUCAUCUCACAUGACAGGACGUACCACUUCCAAGCAGAAGACGAACAAGAAUGUCAGAUAUGGAUGUCUGUGCUGCAGAACAGCAAGGAAGAGGCCCUGAACAACGCCUUUAAGGGCGAUGACACCACUGGGGAAAAUAACAUCAUCCAGGAGCUGACCAAGGAGAUCAUCUCGGAGGUGCAGAGGAUGACGGGCAAUGACGUGUGCUGCGACUGUGGGGCGCCAGAUCCGACGUGGCUCUCUACCAACCUGGGCAUCCUGACAUGCAUCGAGUGCUCUGGGAUCCACCGGGAGCUGGGGGUUCAUUACUCCAGGAUGCAGUCCUUGACCUUAGAUGUAUUGGGAACGUCUGAGCUUCUGCUUGCCAAGAAUAUUGGGAAUGCAGGCUUUAAUGAGAUCAUGGAGUGUUGCCUACCGUCUGAGGAGCCAGUCAAACCCAACCCCAGCAGCGACAUGAUUGCAAGGAAGGACUACAUCACGGCCAAGUACAUCGAGAGGCGAUACGCAAGGAAAAAGCAUGCAGACACCUUGACGAAGCUCCACAGCCUUUGCGAGGCCGUCAAGACCAGAGACAUUUUUGGGCUGCUCCAAGCUUAUGCCGAUGGUGUGGACCUGACAGAAAAAAUCCCACUGGCCAAUGGGCAUGAGCCAGACGAGACUGCACUCCAUCUUGCAGUCAGAUCCGUGGACCGGACUUCCCUUCACAUUGUAGACUUCCUGGUCCAGAACAGCGGGAACCUGGAUAAGCAGACGGGCAAGGGCAGCACGGCCCUGCACUACUGCUGCCUGACCGACAACGCCGAAUGUCUCAAGCUCCUCCUUCGGGGAAAGGCGUCCAUCGAGAUCGCCAACGAGUCAGGAGAGACGCCGUUGGACAUCGCCCGGCGGCUCAAGCAUGAGCACUGUGAGGAACUGCUUACUCAGGCCUUGUCAGGGAGGUUUAACUCCCACGUCCAUGUUGAAUACGAAUGGCGGCUGCUGCAUGAGGACCUGGACGAGAGCGACGACGACGUGGAGGAGAAGCCACAGCCCAGUCCCAACCGGCGGGAGGACCGGCCCGUCAGCUUCUACCAACUGGGGUCCAGCCAGUUUCAGUCCAAUGCUGUGUCUUUGGCCAGAGACACCACAAACCUCACCAAGGACAAGCAGAGGGCCUUCGGGCCCAGCAUCCUGCAGAAUGAGACCUACGGGGCCAUCCUGAGUGGCAGCCCGCCCUCCUCCCAGUCGAUCCCCUCCGGCACCACCAGCGCACCCCCACUCCCACCUCGGAAUGUUGGUGGCAAAGUUCAGGCAGCCACCUCGGCUAACACCCCGUGGAAGACAAACUCUGUAGGUGUGGACGGUGCCAGCAGGCAGCGAUCUUCGUCAGAUCUGCCAGCUGUCCACCCACCGCUUCGAGUGACAUCUACCAAUUCCCUGACCACCACACCACCCCCUCCUGCGCCUAAGACGUCAGGCACGCUAGAAGCCAUGAGCCAGCCAAGCAAGUCCUCCCAAGCCGGGGCCUUGCAGAGCAAGCCCCCACCCCUGCCGCCCCAACCACCCAGCCGCCUGCCUCAGAAGAAGCCAGCUUCCGGGACUGACAAGCCAACCCCACUUAUCAACAAAGGCCAGCCACGAGGACCUGAAGCUUCGGGUCCUCUGUCCAACGCCAUGGCCCUGCAGCCCCCAGCCCCCAUGCCUAGAAAGUCACAGGCGACCAAGUCAAAACCCAAGCGAGUCAAAGCUCUCUACAACUGCGUGGCCGACAACCCGGAUGAGCUGACUUUCUCUGAGGGGGAUGUGAUCAUUGUGGAUGGGGAAGAGGAUCAGGAGUGGUGGAUUGGCCACAUCGAUGGAGACCCCAGCCGCAAAGGAGCCUUUCCUGUGUCAUUUGUGCACUUUAUUGCCGACUAGACUGCCACUGAACAAAAGCCUUUGUUUAGCCAUUAAGUUCCAUUUUGUUAUUGGUACCAAGACAAGCCACAGACAGUCUCAUGGGUCAUGCUGUACGGCAGCCCAUCUUCUUAUCAUACUGUUCCGUUCUGAAAACUCAAAGGCAUUUUUUAUAUAUAAGCAGAUUGUUUUCUAAGUUGUGGUUUUCACGCAACAUUGCUAUACUUUUACUAGGAAAAGCGGAAUUUCCUAAAAAGGGGGAACGAGAAGCUAUUUUAACUAUAUACCCAGGAUCCUGCAUUGCCAGGAGUAGCUGAGCCUAAACGAAGCUUAAACAAAUUUGGGGGAUUCUUACAGCUUUCCUUAGCCCAGUUCUGACAUUGGUUACCUUGUUUAACAAGCCAGCACCAUGCUGUUUCCAAGUCUGUUGACCUGCCCCGGACUUUGUCCACAAAUGCCAUCCAUUCACAUUUAAAGACACAUAUUCCUUUGAAACUCAGCCAGUGUCUGUUUAGAGCAACUUGGCAAAGCUUACACGUUAGCCUGGUACUUUCCUGCACCUGUGAGGUGGCAGCUGCCAUGAUCCCCUGCAUGCAUGUAUGACCCGUUGUUGUGAACAGUCAUACCUAGCAUACUACUACUGAUGGGUUAUUACAGCAGAGCUAAAAGCAGUCUGCUCUGCACCAGGUAUUUUUAAACUGCAGUUCCUGAAUUUGGUUAAAAACUAAAGAUGAUGGAUUGCAAAACAGCCCUUUAAACUAGCUUGUAUGCCUUAGGUGUCUUAGCCUCCUUCAGCGUCCCCCGUCAUGCAGAAAGCAACUGUACGCGAAUAGGGUACGUGGUGCAGACCACUGUAAGAAGCACGUUCCUCCCUGUGUCCUGGCACAUGCCGCAGCCUUCCCUUCCCAGCUCCCACGGACACCUGCUCAGCUUAGUGUCUUGUCGUUAAUAGGGUUCUCCAAAAAGAAUGGUAGCCACACUGUCUUGAAUUUAGCCUGUCCAGUUGUUUGUAUUCAAGAGCAUAUCAGAAAUCUGUAGAUCUUGGGGAGCACAGUACCCCCGAACAUCCCAGUUCACUAGGUAAGGCCAUUGCAUCACUCUGAAACUUGCAAUAUGUGGGGUGGGGGAGGGGAACUAGGUUGUAUAUGAUAAAAAUCAAAACUCAUUAGUUUCAUGAACUUGACUGUCAUACCUCUACUUAAUAACUAAGCGUAAGAGUCACAGUAGGGAUAUGGGAAAUUCUGGCACUCUUUCAGAAUUAAGAGGCAAGCAUAGGGUUUUAACAAAAGCUGGAGGUCAAGCAAAAGGCAUAGAUUUAAGUGUAAGCUUGACAGCAAGGCAGUGACGCUGCCGCGGUGGCGCCCGUGACUGACACAGCUCCGUCUCUAUUCUCUGUGCAAGGCCCGUCCAAGCACAGAGCUUUCCUUUCUUUGUUUCUUUCAAAGAAAACAGGACAAACUGGAAUGGCUUAUGAUGCUAUAUAGUGAUUGCUUCCUGUCUUUCAGAUUCUGGGUAAAAAAAAAAAAAAAUACGUGUUACAUCUGUAAGUCUCUCUCUCCCAACACUACAUCCCUUUUUUACUACUUGUUAAUUUCUGUCAUUUGAGCCCUUCUAGUGACUUUUCUCGUAGACUCACGAGCUCGAACGGAUGCAUUUUGCACAUUGCACUUCCCAGUACCUCGUUUCCAGCGCUCCCCACCCCAUCCAAGGGUGCAUCUGUAUCAUCAGUCUUUGGUGGCCUGGUGCCAGCUCUCUGAGGAAUCAAGUUGACUUCUGUCAGCAUUAUAGCUGCAGUCCCAGGCUAACCUAUCGGGUUCACUGGUACAUAAAUACCUAGGAAAUAUUUUUCCACUCUCUAAUUUGAUGGCGCUAUUAUGGAGUAAUGGAUAGUACUUUUUACCAGAAGAGAAAUUCUAUUGACUUCCCUCCUAAUUAUCUUUUCGUAGUUAUUUGCUCUUUGCAAAUUGAAAAGAAAAAGUUAACUGAAAGGAAAACAUUGUAGAUAUCUAUUUAUAUUUAAAGUUUACAUUUCAUGAGCGUCAGCUGCAGAAUUUUGGCUUUUUUUUUUUUUUUUUUUUUUUUUGCCACUUUCCAUCAGGUCUGACUUGGAGGGAAGAUGACUCAGAAAUAGGGUGCACAGACUAAUGUGAUCUGUUGAGGGUAGAGAAUGACCUGCAGCCUAGAAUGCUAUUUUGAGAUGUAUGAUAUUCAGUUCAUUCACUUGAUUACUUUGGUCUAGCUGCAGCGCAAAUGUAUAUACUGUAUAACCUAAACGGAUUAUUUUCAUUGUCUUUAAUGCAGUGAUUUAUAAUUAGAGCAUGUUUAAUAAAUUGACUUCCUGUUAACCAGUCAUUUGACUGGAAAAAAAUAAAGUACUUUUAAAUGGA